AUGGGUGUCCCCAAAUUCUUCAGAUGGCUCAGCGAGCGGUAUCCUGCCAUCUCUCAAUUGAUCGCAGAGAACCGCAUCCCGGAGUUUGAUUGUCUCUAUCUGGACAUGAACGGCAUCAUCCACAACUGCACUCACAAAGACUCAGAUUCGCCCACCUUUCGGAUGACGGAGGAGACGAUGUUCAUUGCGAUUUUCAAUUACAUAGAGCAUCUUUAUGGCAAGAUCAAACCCAAACAGCUGUUCUUCAUGGCAAUUGAUGGGGUAGCUCCCCGAGCCAAAAUGAAUCAGCAGCGCGCUCGUCGAUUCCGCACCGCCCUCGACAAUGAAAAGGCCCGGGAAAAGGCCAUCAAAGAGGGCUUGGAGAUGCCGAAGGAAGAACCUUUCGACAGCAAUUGUAUCACGCCGGGAACCGAGUUCAUGGCUAAGCUCACCAAGCAGUUGAAGUACUUCAUCAGCAAGAAAGUCUCCGAGGACGUUGACUGGCAAGGCGUGGAAAUCGUCUUGUCGGGUCACGAAGUUCCCGGUGAAGGCGAGCACAAGAUCAUGGAGUAUAUCCGGCAGGCCAAGGCGCAGCCAGGUUACGACCCUAACGUCCGCCAUUGCUUGUACGGGCUGGAUGCAGAUCUCAUCAUGUUGGGUCUGCUCAGUCACGAUCCUCAUUUCUGCUUGCUUCGAGAGGAAGUCACUUUCGGAAGACAAGCCACCAAAAAGUCAAAGGAACUAGAGCAUCAGAAUUUCUACCUCCUACAUCUGUGCAUUGUCAGAGAGUACCUAGAGCUGGAAUUCCAGGAACUGGAACAAGAUGGAGCCCUCAGUUUCCCCUUCGACAUGGAACGGGUCAUUGACGAUUUUAUCCUCAUGGCUUUCUUUGUUGGCAACGAUUUCCUUCCGAAUCUUCCAAACUUGCACAUCAACGAAGGAGCGCUGGCGCUCAUGUUUCAAAAGUACAAAGAGAUCCUUCCCAAACUCGGAGGUUACAUCAAUGAACACGGUGUCAUCAAUCUGCAGCGGUUGGGUGUUCUCCUAGAUGCGCUGUCCGAUGUCGAGUAUCGCUUCUUUGAGGCGGAAUAUGCGGAUGCGAAGUGGAUCAACGCGAAGCGGAACAUCCAGGCAAAUGGCCAAAACGGAGAGGAGCCUCUCAAAUCUUCCCGUGGCCCAGUCAGGAUCACUCCUGAGCAGAAGAAAUUGUUCAAGGACGUGAAGAAGUAUUUCAUCGCUCCAGCCAACAAAGACCCCGCUACUAGACAGCCACUGAAGCUUCCUCCUACUCUACCAGCAAGAGAUCGAAAGUUCAUCGAGCAGCUCGCCACCGAUUUGAACCUGCAAUGGUUGACGCAAGAGGACGAAGAUGGCAAUCGUUUCAUCCAAUUAGAAUUUCCGUCGGUUGGCAAGGACGAGGACUCUGAAGAGGAUGAAGAAGCCCAACUAGCCGUCACUCGGGUUCUCAAGCGCUACGAAAAUGCUCGCGUUGAAGACGCCACGGACGAGCAGACUCAGCAAGACAUGAAAGCCAAGUACGACGCCAAAUUCCACGAGUGGAAAGACAAGUACUACCAGGAAAAGUUCAAUUGGGGACUUGAUAACGAGGAAGAACUCAGAAAAUUGACGGAGAACUAUGUUCAAGGUCUGCAAUGGGUGCUGUUCUAUUACUACCGUGGUAUUGCCUCUUGGCCGUGGUUUUACCAGUACCAUUACUCGCCCAUGAUAUCCGACAUCAAGAAAGGGCUGGGAGCCGACAUGAACUUCCAACUCGGUCAACCAUUCCGGCCGUUUCAGCAACUCAUGGGAGUGCUACCCGACCGAAGCAAGAAGAUCGUCCCUCAGGUCUAUCACGAGUUGAUGACCUCCAAGGACUCCCCCAUCAUCGACUUCUAUCCACGAGACUUUGAACUCGACAUGAAUGGCAAAAAGAUGGAAUGGGAAGCAGUGGUCAAGAUUCCCUUCAUCGACGAGAAGAGACUACUCACCGCCAUGGCUCCGAAAGACGCGCUUCUUUCGGAAGAAGAACAGCUUCGCAAUGAUUUCGGUAUCAGCCUGAAGUUCACCUAUUCCCCCGAGGUCGACUACACUUACCCGUCCUCCUUGGUUGGCGUCUUUCCUGAUCUCCCGCAUUGCCAUUGCAUUCAGAACGAGUUCGAGCUUCCUACCAUGGAUGGCCUGGACCCGUAUGUUGGCCUGCUGGAGGGCACCAAGCUCGGGGCCGCCGCUUUGGCCGGGUUUCCGACCUUGAAAACGUUGCCUUUCACCGGAUCCCUUAGGUUCCAUGGGGUCAACGUCUUCCAACAAGAUAGUCGAAAUGAGAGCAUGAUCAUCACCGUGUUGGACACAGAGACGCGGACGAAAGUCGAAUACGCCAAACGAAUGCUCAACCAGCGCGUCUUCAUUGGAUACCCGUUCUUGCAAGAGGCAAAGAUUGUCAAGGUUUCAGACGAACUUUUUGACUACACUAGUCCAGAACACGCACCUCAGGACGUCAGGCCGACAGAGCAUGCUGGAAAUGAAGUUGAUCAAUUCUACAAGAAAUCAGAGCGUGUUGAAAAAUGGUACAGCAAGAGACUUGGAAUGAUAAUUGGCGAUGUCGAGUCCUUGGUCCAUGUCGAGAUGCUGAAAGGCCUCAAGAAACUGGAUGAUGGGUCGACAGUCAAAGAAUUCGCCGAAAUGCCCGGGUUGGAAACGAUCCACCCGACGCAACUCGUUGUGGAAAGCGUUAUCAGCGAGGACGUCCGUUUCAUCGAGAAGGCUGCUGUCCCAAUCGAGGAAGAAUUUCCCGAUGGUACAAACGCUUUCUUCCUUGGAGACUAUGCAUACGGGAUGCCGGUCAGUGUGGUUGGCCAUGAGGAGGGAAAAGCAAAAUGUCUCAUCGCAUACUCUAAAGCGCGACAAGUUGAAUUCGGUCGUGAGAUCGCUCGUCAAGCAGAGAGAUUGUCACCAUACACGCCAUCAUACCAGGUUGCCCGGAGCCUCAACUUGAACGCCUUGGUCCUGGCCAAAAUCACAUCGUCAUUCUCCGUCAAGGUUGACGACCAGCGAGUGAACCUCGGCCUCAACCUCAAAUUCGAAGGGAAAAAGCUCAAGGUGUUGGGCUAUUCUAGAAAGACCUCGACUGGAUGGGAAUACAGUCAGGCUGCGGUCGAGUUAAUCCAGCAGUACAUGAUCAAAUUUCCGCAAUUCAUUGCGGCGAUUCACAACAACUCUCAAGGAGAUAUGUUGCCAGCCAAGGUCUACUUUCCCGGAUGUGACGAGAAAGAGGUGAAGGCCAAGGUAAAGGAAAUCCAAGCGUGGCUUAAGGAAAUCGAGUCGAAGAAUUUCGAACGGGUGCCGUUGGAAGCCGAGCAGCUCGACUCCGAGGUCGUCAAGCGUAUUGAACAAGCAGCUGAUGAAGCAUUGCGCAGCGAGCCACCUCCACAGAACAAGACCAUCGGCGGAGUGCCUCGGAAUGCUUUGUUGAAGCCCUCAGACGCACAAUGGCGGCUAGGCAACCAGAGAUUCGCCCUGGGAGAUAGAGUCAUCUAUGUGGCCGACUCGGGCAAAGUCCCGAUUGCAUCAAAGGGCACCGUGGUCGGACUAACGCAGACGACGAGGGAGACGUUCCUGGACAUUGUGUUUGACGUCUCUUUCAUGAGCGGCACUUCAUUGGGAGACCGCUGCUCACCUUUCCGAGGAUCUACAGUACCAACAUGGUCAGUUCUGAAUCUCAGUAACAGACAGGUCGUUGCUGGGUCCAAAGCGAGCGCAAACCGACAGACAAAUGGCUCGAGCUCUUCUCCUCUUACGGUGCUCGGUUACGGUCAGCCAGGAAUCAACGGCCGAGGUCAACUGCGUCCAGCACAGGUCCCGGCAGCACUGAGAGGGUCGUGGCGAGGGGCUGUGGCCGGUCAAGCUCCAAGCGGGCGUGGAGGAGCAAACGGUGGCGGUGGUCGAGGACAAUUCACCGUGCCUAUCCGCAGUUUCUCUGCCUCGCCUGCGAACGGACGUGGAAAUCCAGCCAACAAUCCAUUUGCACAGGGUCGCGGAGGUCGUGGUGCUAUGGCUCAAGCUGGCCGAGGAGGGUACACCUCCGUCGACCGGGGCGAUGCUCAGGCCGGUGUGGUUGCAAACAAUCCGAACUUUCGUCCCAAGGCUCACAACAACGUCCCUCCGCCUGCGAAUUUGAAUAAUCCUGCCACACCGCGUGGCCGUGGUAGGGGGAGAGGUGGAGCAUCGAGAGGUGGUCGAGGUGCACCUCGUGGCGGAGCCGCGUAA